AUGUCGCACCGUUACGAUACACGCACGACCAUCUUCUCGCCUGAGGGUCGCCUGUACCAGGUUGAGUAUGCCAUGGAGGCCAUCUCGCACGCAGGUACCUGCCUCGGUAUUUUGGCCAAGGACGGCAUCCUGCUUGCUGCUGAAAAGAAACAUGUGGCCAAGCUGCUGGAUCAGUCUUCAGCGGCCGAAAAGAUUUACAAACUCGACGAUCACGUGGCGUGCGGUGUGGCUGGCAUCACGGCCGAUGCCAACAUUCUGGUCAACUCUCUCCGUCAGAGCGCGCAACGUCAUCUCCUGACCUUCCAGACUCCCAUCCCCAUUGAAAAUUUGGUCACUUUGGUCUGUGACACCAAGCAAGCCUACACGCAGUUUGGUGGUCUGCGUCCCUUUGGAACUGCCCUGCUGUUCAUGGGCUGGGACAAGCACUACGGCUUUCAGCUCUAUCAGUCAGACCCCAGCGGUAACUUUGGCGGCUGGAAGGCAGCCUGCAUUGGUGCCAACUCCCAGGCCGCCGAGUCCAUUCUAAAGACUGAGUAUUCGGAGGACUGCACGCUCAAGGAGGCACUCCUUCUGGCUGUCAAGGUCUUGAACAAGACCAUGGACAGCGCAAGCCUGACCUCGGAUAAACUCGAGUUUGCUACACUGAGCCGACAGGGUACCGAGACUGUGUUUAGCGUCAUGAAGCCCGAGGCUGUCCAAGAGCUGCUCAACGAGGGUGAGGCCAUCCGCAAACAAGAGGAAGAGGCGGAGAAAGCCAAGAAGGAGGCACGCGAACGGGCACGCAAGGAGUAG